AUGUCCUUCAGCUUGCACAGUCACUCUAGCAAAGGGCAGAAUAUCGUGCGUGCCUCCUCAUCCGGAUCAUCAUUGGAGAUGGUCUCUCACGACCAAGUCCAGGAUGCUGAGUCGAAACGAAGGAUAUUCCCCAUCAUCGAAGUCCAUGACCUGGGCAGCUCGAGUAGAAGGGUUACUGUUACAUCUUCGCAGCUUGAAAAUCCCGAAGUCCCUUGCAUGGUCUUCACCAAGCGAGGAACGAAAAGAGCUGCAGCGGUGCAGGAGUGCGACUGCGGAGUACAUCGCCUUGUUGGAAUCACAUCUUCAGCAGAUGGACCGCAGUACGAUUGUAGCUUCCAGAUGUACUCAGACGCAUCAUUGAUACCGCUAUCGAUUGUGGUCACGGAGCAGGCAGUCGAACUGACGAGACGCAGUCGUGGAGAGAACAUUCUCGGGGGUUUGUGGCAGUGGAAUCGCCAGUCUAAGAGCUCAGGAACAGGAAGACCCUUCUACUGUCAUUUGGCUCUUGGGUGCAGGUGUUGA